AUGGUGCCGUCCUGGAUGGGGAGACGCCUCUUUACACUCGCAGGUCAAAGCGGGGCCCUUCAUCAAUCACACCAGCAGCAGCAGCAGCAGCAGCAAAGGCGGCAGCAGCAGCAGCAGCACCAAAGGCGGCAGCAAAAGCAACGCCUUUCUCCCUUACACCCCAAAGAACGCUUUCCUGCAGCCUCCUCUACCCCUAAAAAUGAAUCUCACCUAGCAGCAGCACCAGCAUCAGCAAUAGGAUCGCCAGCAGCUGCUGCUGCUGCUGCUGCUGCUGCUCCGUUGGAGGCUGAGGUGUCUGUACACCGGGGGUUGUUGUGGGGUUCAACUUCACCGCUCUUCGAUGGAUUAAAUGAAGGCGCUGAGGAUUCAGAAAGAAAUAUUUUGCCGGUGGCGUUUCACGCAGUCGCAGCCGAACCAAUGCAGCAGCAGCAGCAGCAGCAGCAAGCAGCAGCAACAGCAGCAGGUGAAGCGUUUACUAUACCGCUUGAGUUAGAUCCUUUUGCAGAAGAAUUUGCUAGCGGGGUUCCGAUUCAUCGAUUGCCUCUGUUGCAUGCAGUGAGAGAUAAACAGCAGCAAACAGCAGAGCAGCACUCCCCAGCCUACAGCGACUCAGAUGCCAGCAGCAGCAGCAGCAAGAGAAGCAGCAGAAGCAACAGCAGCCGCAACAGCAGCAGCAGCAGCAGCAGAAGUAUCUCCGAUGCACAAGAGUCUACAGGCAGCAGACCGGGUACUGCAGCGCUGAGCCCUCGGGGGUUUUUUCCAAUUUCAGCGAGGUGUAGAGACACCCCAGAGCCAGCGGAUACUAAGGGAGAGACAGCAGCAGCAACAGCAGCAGCAGCAGCAACAGCAGCAGCAGCAGCAGCUUCACAUCAUUCCGAUGAGUUCGAUCCCACAGCCACUCCUUCACCUGCAGACUCCGCUGAAGACACCCCGGGCCCUGCCUCGUGCCCGGGGUAUGAAGAAGAUGCAGAGACACUUGAGAUGCAAGAAAAACAGCAAAAGGAGAAGGCUCAAGACAACAGGCAAUAA